AUGUCAAGUAUGACUCAUAAACCAACUAAUUUAUCACAUAAUGAAGCAGCUGCUAUACCACUUGUUUUUCUUACAGCUUAUACAGCUUUACAUGAUUGGGGUGGUUUUAUAGAUGAUCAUACAAAUAAUCAAAAAAUACUUAUUAUUGGUGCAUCUGGUGGUGUUGGUCAUAUAGCAUGUCAAAUUGCACGAGCAAUGAAUAAAUAUAUCGUUGGAAUAUGUUCAAGUCAAAAUAUUGAAUUUGUUAAAGAAAUGGGUGCAAAUGAAGUAAUUGAUUAUACAAAAAAUGAUAUUGUUAUGGCAAGUAAACAAUAUGGACCAUAUGAUAUUAUUCUUGAUUGUGUAGGUGGAAUUGAAUUUAUUCCAUGUCUUAAUUCAGAUUUUCUUCAAUCAAAUCAAUCAAUUUAUUUAACAAUUGUUGGUGAUAAAACAUCAUGA